AUCAGAAUCACACAUUCAUAAUAACGAAUAAUAAUGUGGAAUAUUUUCAGGAUUGUCUGCUGUCACUUUCUUCUUACUGGUUACCAUAAAUCUGUGCCAUAGUUGGACAUGGAAGUGCGAAAAUGGUCUUUGUACGAGAAGCAUGGCCAAGGAACAAAAUGAUGUUUACUCGACGUUGGAGCUCUGUCAGCUGAUGUGCACUAAUUACCUAAACGUAUGGCCUCACCCGACAGGAAUCGUGAAGUCAUGGAAAGAUCUCGUCUUUAUAGAUACUAGGAAUAUAGUUUUCCAUUUCAACGGAACCAUCGACAGCAUCGACUUCUUAACAGAACUGACGGUUUACUUCAAAGAUGAGUUGAAACGAGAGGAACCCAUCGACUGUGAUAAAGAGGUGUUCGAUAUGCAUAUUUAUUUGUAUUCCGCUAGUUUCGAUUUGUCCUUAGAUCUUGAAACAGAUGAAUCAUAUAAAUUGAACUUGGAUUUCAAUGGUGAUGAACUCGAAGUCAAUAUAACUGCUCCAACAGUAUUUGGUUUGAGGCAUGGAUUAGAAACACUUCUGCAGCUUGUUGUGCCAGACGGAUAUGAAGAGAAAUGUCUGGCUACACUCAGUAAUAUCCAAAUCAGUGACACUCCCAAGUACAAACAUCGUGGUCUUCUUUUGGAUACAGCAAGAAACUUUCUCUCCCUUGACACCAUCAAGAUUAAUAUCGACGGUAUGGCUGCCUCCAAAAUGAACGUUCUUCAUUGGCAUAUCACCGAUUCCCAGAGCUUUCCUUUGAUGUCGCAGAGGUUACCAAAUAUGACUGAGUAUGGUGCUUACGGUCCCAAGCAGAUCUACAAACCGGAGGAUAUCCAAAUGUUGGUGAAAUACGCAUUAGUGCGAGGUGUCAGAAUCUUAUUGGAAAUAGACGGUCCAUCUCAUGCUGGCGUAGGGUGGCAAUGGGGUUCGGAAGCUGGACUUGGAGAUCUGGCUGUCUGUGUCAAUAAGCAACCAUGGAGAUCUUUCUGUAUCCAACCACCGUGUGGCCAACUGAAUCCAGCAAACUCCAAUCUUUAUCGAGUGAUGAAUGAUUUGUUCACUGACAUUGUUGAGAUGCUACCAAACACUGGUAUGUUCCAUAUGGGCGGUGAUGAGGUUUUCAUUCCGUGUUGGAAUUCAACGCAGGAAAUACGCGAUUAUUUGAAAGACAAACCCUUAACUACCGAGACAUUUUACGAUUUAUGGGCAGAACAUCAAAAGAAAGCAUUGCAGUCCUUCGAUAGCGCAAUUGGUCAUCAACAUUCUUCAAUAGUUCUUUGGACAAGUCAGUUGACGCAACCUGACGUGAUCAAGAAAUAUUUACCAAAAGAAAGAUACAUCAUUCAAACGUGGGUACCAACAAAACAAGACGCUCUGAUAGGGGACUUACUGAAAUUGGGAUAUAGAGUGAUUGUAUCGACAAAAGAUGCCUGGUACUUAGAUCAUGGAUUUUGGGGUACCACUCAAUACUAUAACUGGAAGAAAGUGUACGAAAAUAAAGUAUACGAUUAUUCCCAUGAAGCGGUGUUAGGUGGAGAAGUUUGUAUGUGGGGAGAACUAGUAGAUGACUCCAACGUACAAUCAAGGACAUGGCCCAGAGCAGCUGCAGCUGCAGAACGUCUUUGGACCAAUCCAAGAAGCUCAGCGCAGUAUGCUGAAACUAGGUUUUUCGCUCACGUAGCAAGAUUAGUCAAAAGAGGAAUAAACGCAGGACCAGUGACUCCAUUGUGGUGUGUACAUAAUCAGGGAGAGUGCAAAACUUAUUUAUAAUUUUCUUCAAUAAAAAGUAUAACUGGAACCUCUA